GUGGAGACACUGCCAGGGAAAAUUGGCCGGGAGUUUCCCCGUCUCUGCUCGGUUGAUAUAGGCUGCAACCCUUGCACUUUCGUUUCACUUAUGACUUCGACAGUCAGCGUCCCGCCCUCUGCACCGGGAAGCCGGGAUGGGUAACACAGCGAGCCGCGGUGGCGAGGAGCAGAUGGAAGAGAUGGUCUCGCGGGGAGCGGAGGACUUCGAGUGCCCCGUGUGUUUGCAAGUGUUGGAGAGACCCGUGCGGACCCAGUGCGGGCAUGUAUUUUGCCAGGAAUGCCACACGAUAAAUUACAGGAUGAACGGUGGGAAAUGCGCGCUGUGCCGGCGAGAAGUUUGUCUGACGGAUCAAGUCGCCAUGGACAUCGAGCAGCGGAUGAUGUCCAAGCGAGAGAAGUGUCGGGGCUGUGGCGACACUGUGAGGUUGUCCGCGUUGAGGGAGCAUGCAAGAAGCUGCUCGAGGUAUCUGGAGGAGGAUCACCAGGAGACUGAAACCUGCCCUCUGCCCCGGACAAGUCCUGCCUCACACAGGGAACCAGCAAGAUCGCCGGUGACCUCAGCCUACACCUGCCCUUACUGCCACGAGAGGAACUUUGAUGCCAUCGGCCUAGUCGAUCACUGCAUAACAAACCAUUACUUUGAACCCCAUCGAGCGGUGUGUCCGAUCUGUGCAUCAAUGCCAUGGGGGGUUCCUAAUUACUACAGCAGAAACUUAAUCGCUCACCUCGCACUACGACAUCAGUUCAGCUACGAUCACUUUGUGGAUUAUAAUCAAGAUGAAAACAUCAUGUUGCAAAGUGUCAUCUUGAAUUCAUUUCAGGCAAACUGAAGAAUUUAAGACUAUUCCUUCUAGUGUCAAAUUACCCUCCGAGAAAAAGAAUCUUGCUUUUCCGUGCUGAAGUUACUGCCUUACACAUUCAACAGGUCGAUAAUAAUGAAUUCAUAACCUGACAUUUGGUUCAAAAUGUGGGCUUUCAAUACAGCGUGGAAACCAACCCUUCGUUCCACUGAGCCCGCGCCGACCAACGAUCACCCCAUACACUCGUUCUCUCCUACACACUUGGGACAAUUUACAGAAGCCAAUUAACUUACAAACCUUGGAACCAAACGUUGGAACUCAGCAGGUCAAGAUGCAUCUGUGGAGGGAAUGGAUAGGCAACAUUUCGAAUGGACCCUAACAUGCUAGAGAUCCCAGCAUCUCCAGAGAUGCUGCCUGAUCCGCUGAGUUACUCCAGCACUUGUAAAUAAUGGCCAUGAGAUCAACAGCCCAGUAUUUGUUGUAUAAUGACGGAGUGUAAUUCUAAUGUCAAUAAAUGAUGAAUAGAACGAUGGAAUGUAAUACUAAUGUCAAUAAAGUCUGAUUGUGAACCUCCCAGUUUGCCAUGAAAAGCAACCUGAUCCUGAUCCACAAAAGUUCUUGAAAUAAAGGAAUCUAUCAC